AUGGCGGCGCUCGGGCAGCGGCUGUGCACGGCGGCGGCCGCGCCCCGGCCGUGGCGGCUCUUCGGCGCGCUCUGCUUGCUGCGGCUGCCCAGGAUCACGCAGCCGCUGAGGCGGGAGGAGGAGGAGAUGGCGGCCCUCAUGGGGCAGAUAGAGUUGGAGAAAAGCCACUAUUCGGACCAUGAAAUUCGCAAGCUGGAGGAGGAAGAGCAGCUGAAGAGGAGGAAGGAAAGCAUGUAUGAUGACGAUGAUGAAGGACCUGGCAAAACUGUUGUCAUGGCUCAAGACCUUGAGGACAAGUGGGAACAGAAGUUACUGCAGUUCAAAGCUGCUCCACGGAUAACAGAUGCUGACAAAAACAACAUUCGAACAUCACUGAACAGAAAGCUGGACAGUAACCUGAUGCUUCUGGUGAAACAGAAAAUUGGUAACCAGGAGCUGUGGCUCCUGCCUCAAGCAGAAUGGCAGCCUGGAGAGACACUGCGAAGCACAGCUGAGCGAGCUAUGGCUACCUUUUUGGGAGAUCAUAUCCAAGCCAAGUUCCUGGGGAAUGCGCCAUAUGGGCUUUACAAGUACAAAUUCCCAAGGGCCAUCAGGACUGAGGAUAACGUGGGAGCCAAAGUAUUCUUCUUCAAAGCCUUCCUCCAGAGCAAUGAUUUGUCCCAGGCAGAACUGAAAGAAGAUUACCUGUGGGUCACAAAGGACGAGCUGGGAGAUUACUUGAAGACAGAAUAUCUGAAGAAAGUCACUCGAUUCCUUCUGGACUUAUAA